GACAUGCUUGAACUAGCAAUGAACUAGGAUAAUUCGCUGUAAAUGGACUUAUUGCAAGUAUAGCGCCAACGGCAAGAAUAAUCACACGGAUGAAGAAUGCAAUAGAUGAACAGAAGGAGUGGAACGGGCCCUUUUACUUCAUCCAGGCUGCAGACCCCCAGCUUGGCCUGAUGAAGGCGCGGAGGAUUGGUGACUGUGAUUCAGGAGGGGAUGACUAGACUGAGGAGGUCUAGCUCACAAAACAGGCAGUCCAAGCAAUCAACAAACUACAGCCCAGACCUCGCUUCCUGGUCCUGUGUGGAGACCUAGUCCAUGCUAUGCCUGGAUGUCCGUUCAGUGAAGAACAGGUUAAGGACCUCAAAGAAGAACUGAGAGGCACUGACCCCGACAUUCCUCUUGUGUUCGUCAGCGGCAACCACGAUCUUGGCAACACACCCACUCUGGAGAGCGUGGAGCAGUUCUGCCGCGAUUGGGGCGAUGAUUACUUCAGUUUUUGUGUGGGUGGGGUGUUGUGUUUGGUGUUGAACUCUCAGUUCUUCUUCGACUCAUCAGGCUGCCCUGAGUUAAUGGAGGCCCAUGAGGUCUGGCUGGAGAGCCAGCUGCAGAGAGCCAUCCAGACCCCCUCUCGCCACGUGCUUGUCUUCCAGCACAUUCUGCUCUUCCUCCGUACACCCGAUGAAGAGGAUGACUACUUCAACCUGCAGAGGGGAAUCAGAGAGCGCUUGAUCCAGAGAUUCAAACAAGCAGGGUCACAUAUAUCUCUCAUUUCUGGGGUGAAAGCUGUGUUCUCCGGUCACUACCACAGAAAUGCAGGGGGCUGCUAUGAUGGGCUGGAUAUGGUGGUGAGCUCUGCUGUUGGUUGUCAGUUAGGAGACGACACUCAUGGUGUGCGAGUGGUGGUAGUUACUGAAGAUGACGUCAUCCAUCGCUACAAUAGUCUGGACCAAUUAACCGAAAGAGGAAUGGACGAAGACCUGAAGAAAUUGUUGGUUUGAAUCCACCUGCAGAUCACUAAUCAUGUGUAUCUUCAUCUUCAGCAUUCAUUAUAGAACCUGAGCCAUUGUUUGUACAUUUAGAGCUUUUAGGUGUGUUUUUUACAGGAACGAAAAGAGCCUUACGUUCAGAAUACAUUAGCAAGCAUUAAAAAUUGGAACCUAUUAAUCUUUGAUACUCACAUCAUCUGUCUCCAUACUUUAAUCAUGCAAAUGCAUCUGAGAAUUCCUUAAACACUGAAG